UAGAUCAGGCUUUGAUACACACACACACACACACAGUACUUGUUAGUAGAUACUUUUGGUCUUCUCAUGGGAUUUGUUGACAUGAAGAAAAUGUAGAAGGUUUCAUCCUUAUUGUUAUUGUUUGUAAGUAAAGGCUCAUAGUAUAAAUGAAAAAAAUAGAGGCUAGGGAGAAAGAAAGGAAGGAAGUAAAGUGGGUGAGGUGAGUAAGUGAGUCAGAGAGAGAGAGAGAGAGAGAGAGAGAGAGAGAGAGCAUUCAUUUCAAUAGGAGGGUGACGAGUGAGCAACCAUCACUGAGAGUGACUCUCACUACUACAUAAUAGAGCAGUCAGACAGGAACAUGGAAUAACAGCUCCAGACGGUCAACUGUCUGAACUCUGGUGGGACCAAACCUUUACUGGAUUCUUUCUCAACACUGCCGGUACCAAGCUGGAUCCAGAUACUCUGCUCCUGUCGAUCCUCUGACCACCAGGCGUUUUCAGGACACUACCAGGAAACUCCUCUGGUGUUUUUUCCAGAACUAAACUUUUGCUAGAAACUCUACUGGUACUCAUUUCUUUCUUGGCUCUCUACUGGCACUUUUUGGAUACUAAAAGCACUAACGACUUUAUGGAUGCUGAAUCUGGAAGCUUAGUACCAAAUUCUUCUUCUUGGACAUUGUUAAGGCACUGAAUACUGAAAACCAGACAUAUUCUGGGCACAAAACCAGCACCAGACUCUUUCUAGACUCUCCAGGUUUCCAUGUGGAAUCUUUACCAGUAUCUUUAAUACCAACACUAAACCAUUUGGGUUCUGGGAUCUUCACACCCUCUGAGCUCACUACUGAUACUGUGCUCAUUCUUUGUCAGUAUCACACUUUCUGUUGCCGCCUCACAAUCUCUCCAGACAUUUUCUGGAUGCUCUUCUGUUUCUUACUGGACCCUCUACCAGUACCAGACUCUUUCUAGUCACUCUGCUGGAGUUUAGUUAUUUACCAGCGUUAAACCUCGUCUGAACAUUCACACCUGGAUACCCUUCCACCACCAAACUCUUCCUGGACCAGUUUGAAACUAUUCCUUGACGCUUAUUUGGGAAAGGUCCAGAUCCUGUGCUAGGCUUCGUGGUGAGCAGUAUGGUGAUGGGGCAGAGCCCCCUCUGUCUGCUGGUACACCGGUCUAAGUCUGGAUGCUCUGUGGAGUUCGUCAAGGGGAACAACAACAUGGGGAAACGGGUGGAGGAGCCCAGCACCAAGCGCAAUAAACUUUUAUCCAGGGUGACGUCUCUGGUCAGCCUGCUGCCGCCCGUCAAGACCGCACCGCUGAAGAGGAUUGGUGAGACACUGCAGCGCUCCAUCAGUUCCCGUAAUGUGAGUCAGACGGAGAGAGCAGCUCAUCCUCCUCCUCCCUCCUCCUCCUCCUCCUCUACAUUGAAGAUGCGCGUUAUCUCAGCGACAGUCUCCAACCCUUCCUCCUCCAUGACUACGCCACGGGUUUCCACGGCAACGGCCCCAGCCGCCAAGCGCCGUGACAGCAAGCUUUGGAGUGAGACGUUCGACGUCCGACUGGGAGCAACGCAACCUCUGAGCCCGAAAGAGAUAAAACGACAAGAGGCUAUAUUUGAGUUGGCUCAGGGCGAGCAAGACUUGGUGGAGGAUCUCAAGUUGGCAAAGAAGGCCUACCGUGACCCGAUGCAGAAGCUGAAAAUCAUGACUGAGCAGGAGCUGAACCAGAUCUUUGGCACUCUGGACUCACUGAUACCCCCGCAUGAAGACCUGCUGAGUCGUCUCCGAGAAGCCAGAAAACCUGACGGGUCCACGGAGAAUGUGGGACCCAUCCUGACUGACUGGCUUCCCUGUCUCUCCUCCUACACUUCGUACUGCAGUAACCAGGUGAAGGCCAAGUCCUUGUUGGACCAGAAGAAGCAGGAUCGGCGGGUCCAGGACUUCUUGCAGCGCUGUCGCCAGUCGCCCUUUAGUAGGAAGUUGGGCCUGUGGAACUUCCUGGACAUCCCCCGCAGCCGACUGGUGAAAUACCCGCUGCUGCUCAGGGAGAUCCUGAAGCACACGGCCAACGACCACCCGGACCGGCAGCACCUGGACGAGGCUAUGCUGAUGGUUCAGAGCGUGGUGGCGGACAUCAACAGGCGGACGGGGGAGUCGGAGUGCCAGUACUACAAGGACCGUCUGUUGUACACAGAGUACGGACGGAGGGACGAACUCAUCGACCGGUCCAGGACCCUCAGCUGCCAUGGAGUACUGAAGAACAACAGAGGACUCAAGCUCCAUGUGUUCCUGUUCCAGGACGUCCUCGCCAUCACCAGGUCCGUCUCGCUGAACGACCAUCCGGUCAGCUACCAGCUCUGCCGCCAGCCAAUCCCCAUCCGGCAGCUGGACCUGGAGGACCUAUCAGACGGAGAGAUGAGAGUGGGCGGGUCCAUCAGAGGAGCCUUCAGCAACAACGAGCGAACAAAGAACUUCUUCCGGGUUUCGGACCGUACUGGCAGUCAGCUGCAGAGCCACUGCUUUCAGGCCAGCGACGCCUUCAACAAACAGCAGUGGAUCAACUGCAUCAGACAAGCCAAGGAAGCUGCAGCACUGACCGGAGACCAGCCACCACAGACAGGACAAUGCCUGGAGACAGGGCUGGGUGGACAGAUAGGGCCGCUGGGUGGACAGAUAGGGCCGCUUGGUGAGACAGGUCAGAGUUUGUGCGGCGAUUCAGCGCAUGAAGAUGGCAAGGGGGUGUGGGUGGAGAUAGAAACGGGGCUGGGUGUGGAAGGAGAGGUAGAAGAGAAAGAUCUCGGUUUGGGUGAAGAAGCUGGGGUGGGUUUGACUCGAGAGACAAUGACAGGUAGGGAGAUAGAGACAGGGCAGGGUGGGGGUGGUGGGACGGGUUUGGAAUUAGAUGGAGAAACAGGGAUGGACGGUGAGACGAGGCAGACAAUCAGUGAGACAGAGACGGGUGAGAUGGAGACAGGGCAGGGUGUCGGUGGAGAGAUGGGGUUGGAGCCAGGAGUCAGAGCAGGUUGGAAGAUGGAUGGAGGAGGAGGAGAGACUCUGAGUGAUGUUCCCACCUCCCUUCUCUCCUCUACUUCUCCCUGUCAAGAGGAGCAGGAGAGGGAGGUGAUGGAGGAGGAGCAGAGUGGCGCAGACGAGGGGGAGGACGCCGGCAUGGACGCCGGCAUAGAUGCUGGCAUGGACACCGGCGAUGUUGACUCACUGCAGAGCGAGGAGCUGAACCUCAGGUGCUGAUGAUGCUAGGACCAAACAAACAGAGGAUGACGCACUGAGGGGACUGGCAGCCAAUCAAAGCGGGGACUUGAUGAUGAUGUCACUGACAGACAAAAUGAACAUCAGACAAACUUGUCAACACACGUUAAACAACGUGCCCCAUGUAACUGUACUAACUGCACGGAUGGAUACCAUAUUUCAAAGAUGGCGCCCCACUCAUUCCGAUAAACGUUUCUCACCAGCUGCUCACGUUUUUCAAGGUUCCUCAGGCUCUCCUUUUCUUUUUGGGCCCGUAGAACAACUUUCCGCGGACUUCUCAACACACAAAUGGCCAAAAAUGAUUUACUGAUACGGCUCCUCGAGACCUAAUGACUCAAAUUCUGAGUGUGUGUAAUGCUCAGAAAAAUAUGAUUAUGUUUUUACUGCCAUUGAAAAAGUAUUCUUGGGCCAGUGGCUGUCACGUGAGCUGCAGUUCCAACUGGGGCCACUGUGCCAGAAAUCACCUCACACACAGCCCAACGCCGUACCAGGGGGUUUUACCUUUUGUCGGAAAGCAUUUCCUUGCUUGUAACAUUAGCUCACUUACUGUAUAUAUUGCACUUGACCUGCCCUUGGACAAACUGGUUUGCUGCCAAUCGUCUUGGCCUUUGCACACGGCUGUCACUUCUUUAUUAUUCAUUAAGUGUCAGCUGUUUGGGCUGUUAAAGUUUCCCUACACGACUUGUUUGUUUACAAGAAAACUCCUUUGAAAAAACUGCUCUACCAAUAGUUUUAAAUUGACAAGCAGAGAAGACACUUAUGGACUUUUUCUGUUUAUGAACUAUUUUCAGGUAUGUAAGAUUUUCAGAAAGCCUCACAGCCACAGUUCUGUUUAAACAAUAUCAGCAGCAUUCUCAGGUAAUACACGCAAAUUGUUAUAACAUGUAGACCGAGUGAGCCCAUCACAGAAUUCAGGUCAAUGGAAGACAGUAAAACAAGUUUUUGCAUUUAAAACGCUAUCAAUGAAUGAUAAUGAAUCAUGCUUGCCGCUGUAACUAUCACUCAAUCCUAACGCAGUAUUGAAAAAUACAAAACUGAAUAUUCAUGUCUUGAAGGAAGAUUCCAGUAUUGUGACUAGUGGUCACUUACCACCUCUGAUUUGGUGAAUGUGGCAAGAACUACGUCAGUCAGAGUCCAGAGCGUAAACCUUCUAGAGCUUCCCAACAGUAAUCAUCUCAACCUUGCACCUUGAAUCUACAAUUUUGGGGAUUUUUGUUCUUCAGGUUAGUUGAAGGAUUCUUUGCUCCUCAGCAAGUCUCCUGACUUGUUGUGUUUCUAAAACUCUUUAAAGGUACAGUGUGUAGGAAUUGACGGCAUCUAGUGGUAUGGUUUCAGAAUGCAACCAACUGAGUCCCCCUCCGCUCACUCCUCCCUUUCCAAGACUGCGGUAACGCGAACUGCCAAUUGCAAAACCGCGGUAACGCCGUUGGCCUCGCUCAGACGCCAUCCUUACCAUAA